UCUUUGUCGCCCCUAAGUGUUUAAGAAUGGUAAUACUUUGUUAAGAUGACAUCCCACAGUGCAUUGCGAAAAACACAGGUCCUUGUUAGCGGCAUAAACAUUGCUAGCAAGCAAGUUACAAAGAGAUACAUAAUAUUUUUCAUAAAGUAAUUUAGAUUUCACACGAAAGCUAUACUACGUUGAUACAAGAGUACAUUUUGUACGAGACGCCUGGUUUGAGGUUACUGCACCUCCUAAGAUGUCGUACCCCCCUCACCUGAACCGCCUUCCCCAGUUGCCCCCCGGGAUUCGGCCUCCCCAGUUUCCAGGGUUUCCUCAGGGAGUACCAGCAGGUACGCCCAUGAUUCCAGUACACAUGGGGAUAAUGACUUCUGCACCUACGGUUCUAGUUCCUACCACGGUGUCGAUGAUCCAGAAGCCUCUUACCCCCAGGAAGGAGCUGAACAUAGUCAGAGUCAAGGAGAACGAGGAGGGGGGCAGUGGAGGCCCCACCACCACAGUGUUUGUCGGGAACAUCUCAGAGAGGGCUUCUGACAUGCUGGUCCGCCAGUUGUUAGCGAAAUGUGGCCUGGUGCUGAGCUGGAAGCGGGUCCAAGGAGCCUCCGGGAAACUGCAAGGUAAAAAUAAAACAGCAUUUGGCUUCUGUGAGUACAAGGAGCCAGAGUCCACCCUGCGUUCGCUGCGCCUGCUGCACGAGCUGCUGCUCGGAGACAAGAAGCUGCUGGUGAAGGUGGAUGCUAAGACCAAGGCCCAGCUGGAAGAAUGGAAGGCCAAGAAGAGGAGUGCCAAUGGGGAUGUUAAGCCUGAGGAUGGGACCAAGGAAGAGGAGGCCGAGGAAGAUGCCGUUGAUGAGGAAACCCAGCGCCGCGACCAGAUAGUGAAGGGAGCGAUCGAGGGUUUGAUCCGGGAGUAUGGCAGUGAGCUCAACGCCCCUUCUCAAGAUGGGGACAAUCAUCCCCGCAAGAGGAGGGAGAAGAAAAAGGAGGAGGAUGACAUCAAUGUCAUGGAGAUGGAAGAUGACAAGCGAGACCUGAUAUCCAGAGAGAUCAGUAAAUUCCGAGACACUCACAAGAAGCUAGAGGAGGAGAAGGGGAAGAAGGAACAGGAAAGGCAGGAGAUCGACAAGGAGAGGAGGGAGAGGGACAAGGAGAGGGAGCGCGAGCGGGAGCGCGAGCGGGAGCGCCGGGACAAGGAGAGGGAAAAGGAGAGAGAAAAGGAGAAGGAGAGGAACGACAACUCCAAGGAGAGAGAGCGGGACAGAGACCGGGACCGGGAUCGGGUUGACCGGGAUCGGGUUGACCGGGACCGCGAACGGACGAAGGAGAGAGAGAGGGAGCGCGGAGAGAGGGAGCGAGGAGAACGGGAGCGUGGGGAGAGGGAGCGGGUGAAGGAGAGGAGUCGAGAAGUCAGCAAAGACCGCAGCCGAUCCAGAGAACGGAGCCGGGAUGACAAGAAACACGACCGCGAGGAGGAUCAGGAAGAGGCCUACGAACGCAGGAAACUGGAGCGGAAGAUGAGGGACAAGGAGGCUGCCUACCAGGAGCGUCUGAAGAACUGGGAGAUCCGGGAGAGGAAGAAGGCUAGAGACUACGACAAGGAGAACCAGAGAGAGGAGGAGAGGCGCCGUGACAUGACCAAAGAAGGCAAGCGUCUGAAAGAGUUCCUGGAGGAUUAUGACGAUGACCGGGAUGACCCCAAGUACUACAGGGGCAGUGCGCUGCAGAAGCGCCUGAGAGACCGUGAGAAGGAGACGGAGCUGGAUGAUCGAGACAGGAAAAGGGAGAAAGAGGAGCAUGAGGAGAUCAGACAAAGACUGUUAGCAGAGGGACAUCCUGACCCUGACGCUGAGCUACAGAGGAUGGAGGAGGAGGCAGAGAGGAGGCGUCAGCUUCCAGUGAAGCCAGAGCCUGAGGAGGAGGUGCAGCAGGAGAAACCGCACCGCGAGAGGGAGCACCGGGAGCACCGGGAACACAGAGAGAGGGAGGACCACAGGGACAGGAGGGGAGGCGGAGGCGGAGGCGGAGGCGGGGGUGGAGGUGGAGGAGGAGGAGGAGGAGUUGCAGACAGGCCUCCUCCCCAGCACAUUCAGCCUCAAUCAGACGAUGACAUGGAGGAGGGGGAGGAGCUUGACGAUCGUGAUGAGGAGGACUCGUCGGACAUCAGACCUUACCCACACCUCAAGCCCACCCUGCGGCCAAUCACGUCGGCCCCCUCUGUGUCGUCAGGCAGCGGUGGUGCCACUCCAAACUCCCCCGGCAACGAGUCUCCCUGCGGCAUCAUCAUCCCUCAUGAGAACUCCCCGGAGGCUCCGCCCACUGAGGAACACCGGCCCAAGAUAGGCCUCAGCCUCAAACUGGGUGCCGGCGGGAGCCCCAACCACCAGACCCACAACGUGAGCAGUCGUAAGAAGCUGGCCUCCGUCGACAGCGUCUUCAACAAGUUCGGGGAGGAGGAGGCCGACGAGGCGCCGCGGAAACGGAAGCUGGUACCCCUGGACUACGGCGACGACGAUAAGAGCCUGGAGCUGGACGGGGCGGAGGUGCCGGGGGGAAAGGCGGGGCAGAACACUGAGGAGAAACGGAAACACAUCCGGACUCUGAUCGAGAAGAUUCCCACGGGCCGCCCGGAGCUGUUCAACUACCCUCUGGACUGGACAGCUGUGGACACGAGUCUAAUGGACCGUCGCAUCAGGCCCUGGAUCAACAAGAAGAUCAUAGAGUACAUCGGCGAGGAGGAAGCCACGCUCGUCGACUUCGUCUGUUCUAAGGUGAUGGCCCAUGGGACUCCACAGGGCAUCCUGGAUGAUGUUGCCAUGGUUCUGGAUGAAGAAGCUGAGGUGUUCAUUGUUAAAAUGUGGAGGCUGUUGAUCUACGAAACAGAGGCCAAGAAGAUUGGCCUGGGGAAGUAAAGACCAGUACUACUACAGUACCACCAAAGUCCUACUGCUAUCUAGUACUAUUGCUGUCAGGGCCAGGGUUCCUCUGUCCUGGCUGAUCCAAUGUAUCCAGCCCCCUGUUAUCACACCCCUCUAGGGGCCUUUCAGCGCCCCUCUACCAUCCUCAAAACCCCACAAACCCUCUUCACCUUCUGCAACCCCCUCUAACAUCCUCCACGCCUCCCCCUCCCGUCCUUCUCCCCUCCGUUCUAUCAGUGAAGAACCACAGCUCCUGUUUUCGUAUGCGUGUGUGUGAGGGCUUGACCGUGCUGAAUGUCAAAUGGCUCUCUGGCUUGCUGCAUGGGUAUCCGAGUCUAGUCCGGUUCUGAGCUGGUGGUCGAGGGAGGCUGACUUUUGGCCCUGAUGGCUUCCUGUUCCCUGUGUGGUUCGCCCCUUUGGAUGUAAUUCUCAGUUCUGGUCCUCAACAAAUACGCGCCAUUUGCAUUUGUGUAGAAGCCUGUACCAGACCUCCUGAUUGUACUCAUCAGCCCUCCGUUCAGUGGCCUUGAGAUACAGGGACCCAGACAUGCCGCUCCACGACACGCCCAUUACAAUGUCUUUAUCAAUGUGGGAAACUCUGGUCUGCCUUUAGUCCCCUCUCUGCAGCCACUGUUUUUCUCCCCUCUUGAGAUAUUUUCCAACCGAAUGUCUUCUAGGCCUUUGCAACUGCUGACCUGUGGCCCAGUUCAGUCGCAGAAAUGCUCAGAGGCAUUAAAGAUAGAGAUUUCACUGGCUGUCUGGGCUCCCCUGCUAUCUCUGGUUGGAGUCGUGAGAUUGUCUGGGCCUACAGCCGUAACUGUAUGCUGUGUGGGGGGGGGGGGGGCUCUGUCUGAAGUUGUGGCACAGGGGGCCAUUUGGGUCACAGGAACUGUCAGAAUCCAAAACCAUUAUUAUUUUUCUGUUUCCACUGUAUCUGGAGCACUGGGCUUUAUGGUUUAGUAUUUUCAGCGAGGUGUCGAUCUCCCAGGUAAUGUCUGGUGGGGGUUUAUCCCCGCUGUGUGAUUUAAUGAUAAAAUUAAAGAAGCUUUUUACAAUA